CGAGCCCACCCUUCCUCAGCUCAACCGGAAGCAUCUCCUCUGCUGCUCCAUCUCAGCCACCCUUCCGUUCCCAUCACACGCAGAGAGCCCAUCCCCGCGCAAACCACUCGCUCGCCGCCGCCAUGUCCAUGGCAUCCCGAGCCGCCGCCGCCGCCUCCGGUGCCCUCCGCGCGGCCGCGGCGCAGCGCUACUCUCGCCCCGCCUCCGUCCUUCAGUCCCGCUCGGCGGCGACGGCGGCCGCCGCGGAGCACCACCCCGAGGCGGCCCGGAAGGCUGGCAGCAGGAGGCUCCCCCGCGGCGACUACGUGCCGGUGUACGUGGCGCUGGGCAUGAUCGCGCUGUCGGUGACGUUGGGGCUGAGCACGGCGCGGCAGCAGCUGGCGCACGCGCCCAACGUGCGCGUCGACAAGAAGAAGCGCGAGACGGUGCCGGAGGUGGCGGCGCCGGACCUGGCGCUGGACGAGGCCGAGCGGUUCGUGGGGCGGUCGCUCUUCCGCAAGGUCGCGCACGUGCAGGACGACGCCAGCCUCGCCGCCGGCGUCGCCGACCCCGUCGCCGAGUACCCGACGAGGAAGGCGGUGACGCUCAAGGACGUGGGCGUGGAGACGCCGGGGAUCGAGCAGGGCAGGGGGGGCAUCGUCGACAGGAUCUUCAAGAAGAACCACGCUUAGAUUGAGCAGCGACAGUGCUUGAUUGUACUUGGAUCGAUGGGGUUUCCUGCUUUCAUUUAGUGUCUAGUUUGGGAGUCAAAUCGGCUGUACUUUUUUGAGGUCGUUGUGUCACUCACAUGAUGUACAUAGUCAGACAACACACUGCUUUCUCAAAUGAAAUGGGAUAAAUAAUGUUGCAGCGUGGUAUCAUCACGCAAA